ACCACCCUGGUAGGAGGUGUAACUUCUCUGAGGUGUUGGGGUGCUUUGACUGGAGGGAGCCCCCGGGCAGGGAAGAAAAGCUGUGAACUCCCCCAUCUCCCUCGCAGAGGCCUAACUAGACACCUGGGGUACUCCUAACCUAUGUGGGGUGACAUUUGAGGACCCCCCUACUCCAAACUCAGCCUCAUUCCUGUGGUCCAACUCAUAGUGCAAUUCAUGGGGGAGAAGAAAGUUGGACAACAAUAUAAAAUGUUGGAGUCCAUUUGAGCAAGUAUCACGCCAUGCUUCUGCCAAGUUCCCACUUAAAGAUUGACAUCCCUGCAUAGACAUUUCCCUGCUACAAUGUCCUUGCCCCUUACGGAGGAGCAGAAGAAGAAGAUUGAAGAGAAUCGACAAAAAGCUCUUGCUCGUAGAGCCGAGAAGUUAUUAGCAGAACAGCCUCCCAGCAAAGGUUCUGGAUCCUCCAUUACUGCUAACACUACUCAGCCCAAGCAGGGACCUUCCCAGAAUCUCCUGAGGCAGCCUUCUAAGCCGGCAGGCCAUGGUGUUACUGUUAAACAACAGAAUCUCAGUAACUCAUUUCAUCAUGACCAAAGACUUCAUAAUCCCCACCAUUGCCAGCCCAACUCAUCAAACCAGGCCGAGAGGACAUGGAAGAGCCAAGAAGAGAUGUCUGUAGCUUGCCCUAGCCGCAGCCCACUAAUUCAAACAGCUCUUAGUAGGCUCUCUCCACCCUUGGCACAAAGUCCUCCCAACAUAUCUAACAAACAGCUCUUGGGAUAUAAAUUAGGUCAGAGUCAUACCCAGGCUUCAGAGAAGAUCAAAUCAACACCUGUGGCUACUACUACCACUCAUGAGCCUUUGGCCAAAGCAAAGAAUUCCCAGGAAACUCCUACUUCUUCCUCCGGACCACCUCUCAAGGAUCCUGAAUUUGAGAAGACCGUGAAAACGACCACUUCUGGACAGAGCAUUUUUGACACUCGUAACAACUCGGGGGGUGUGAUGUCCAGGCUAGAAGGGAACUUCCAAGAGACAUUGAGAGCCCCGGCCCAAAACCCAGUGAGCUGUCAGAAAGGGAUGUGCAUCCAGAAUGGGGAUCGCUUCACGGUGAAGAUUGGCUACAACAAGGACCUCAUUGCAGUGUUUAAGAGUCUGCCCAGCAGAAGUUAUGAUCCUAAUACGAAAACAUGGGAUUUCAGCAUGACAGAUUACCAUGACCUGUUGGACGCAGCUAAACGCCUUCCCUCAGUCACCCUCCAGCCAUUGGAAGAGGUUGAUGUCAGCAGUCAGAGACAGACCAGUCUGCCUUUAGCUUCAUCCCUGGCUUUUGUCAAAGGAAGGUGCAUACUCAUUUCCCGGGCCCGCUUCGAGGUAGACAUUGGCUACUCAGAGGAGCUGAUCAGUCUGUUUAAGCAGAUGGAUUCCAGACAGUAUGAUGUGAAGACCAGGAAGUGGAGCUUUCUCUUGGAAGAAUACAAUAAACUAAUUGCAGGAGUGCGCAACCUCCCACAAAUUCAGCUGGAGCCUCUGCCCAAGACUGUCACCCUGGCAUUUGCUUCUCAGCUGGAGAAGACGUCUCUCCAUCCCACAGCAGACAUCCCAGAGGCUGACCUUUCUGGAGUGGACGCCAAGCUCGUAUCUAAUCUGAUGCCCUUUCAGAGGGUUGGAGUUAAUUUUGCCAUAGCAAAAAGAGGCCGCCUGCUGCUUGCUGAUGACAUGGGCCUGGGGAAGACCAUCCAAGCCAUCUGCAUAGCAGCCUUUUACCGGAAGGAGUGGCCGCUCCUGGUGGUGGUGCCUUCCUCUGUGCGUUUCACCUGGGAGCAGGCUUUCCUUCGGUGGCUGCCAUCUCUCAACCCAGAGGAUAUCAACGUGGUGGUGACCGGAAAGGGUCGACUCACAGCCGGCUUGGUCAACAUCAUUAGUUUUGACCUUCUUAGCAAGUUGGAAAAACAGCUGAAAACCUCUUUCAAAGUUGUUAUCAUUGAUGAAUCUCACUUCCUCAAAAACAGCAAGACCGCGCGCUGUCGAGCAGCUGUGCCCAUCCUAAAGGUUGCCAAGAGAGUGAUCUUACUGUCAGGCACGCCGGCCAUGUCCCGGCCCUCAGAGCUCUACACGCAGAUCAUCGCUGUCAAGCCGACAUUCUUCCCUCAGUUUCAUGCCUUCGGACUUCGCUACUGUGAUGCCAAAAGGCUAUCCUGGGGCUGGGACUACUCCGGCUCCUCCAACCUGGGAGAGCUGAAGCUCCUGCUGGAGGAAGCCAUAAUGCUGCGCCGCCUCAAAUCCGAUGUCCUUUCCCAGCUACCUGCCAAACAGCGCAAGAUAGUAGUGGUUGCCCCAGGACAGAUCAGUGCCAGGGACAGGGCUGCUCUGGAAGCAGCAGCCAAGGAAAUGACCACCGACAAAACGAAACAGCAGCAGAAAGAAGCCCUCAUUGUCUUCUUCAACAGAACUGCUGAAGCCAAAAUCCCAUGUGUCCUUGAAUAUAUCAUGGAUCUUCUGGAAAGUGGAAGAGAGAAGUUCCUAGUGUUUGCACACCAUAAGGUGGUUCUGGAUUCAAUUACGAAUGCACUUGAGAGAAAGCAUGUGCAGCACAUCCGCAUUGACGGCUCCACCCCGUCGGCCCACCGAGAGGAGCUGUGCCAGCGGUUCCAGCUGUCAGAGGGACACUCAGUGGCAGUGCUGUCCAUCACGGCCGCCAACAUGGGCCUCACCUUCUCCUCAGCUGACCUAGUAGUGUUUGCCGAGCUCUUUUGGAACCCAGGGGUACUGAUCCAGGCUGAGGACCGGGUGCACCGCAUCGGACAGACAAACUCCGUGGGUAUUCACUACCUGGUUGCAAAAGGCACGGCAGAUGACUACCUUUGGCCCUUGAUUCAAGAGAAGAUUAAAGUUCUAGGAGAAGCUGGCCUUUCAGAGACCAAUUUCUCAGAAAUGACAGAAGCCACUGAUUACUUCUACAAGGACCCAAAGCAGCAGACAAUCUAUGACCUAUUCCAGAAGUCAUUUGAGGAAGAUGGGAGUGACCUAGAGCUCCUGGAAGCAGCAGAGUCCUUUGACCCAGGAAGUACUUCAACAACCUCUGAAAAUGGUUCUUUAGGAGAUACCCUAGAUGAAAACACAUUGACUGCCAGUCCACCAAAGAAAGGGAAAUUUGAAUUUUUUGAUAACUGGGACAGCUUUACUUCUCCUUUCUAAGAGGAUUCAGGGGGGAAAAAAACGAAGUAAUUAAAAAUCAUGGAAUUUAUUCAAAGCAAAUCAGAAAUCUUGUUUAUAAUGCCCGUGUUCCUCUUGUCACCUAGCAUUAUCUGGGUCUGUCCCCAAACCCAGUAGUAUUUUCCAUUCUGUGUUCCUAUGUGGGGACUUGCCUGGGGGCUUAAUUAACCUUAGAAAAGAAGAGUGGCUUGUAAUUGUGGUA